CAUGGUUUAUCAGCAAAUAUAAAAGUGCCCUCUAUACAAUGCAACUAAUUAAAACAUCACCUACCCCUACCCCUUUGAAUCUCCUCUACCAUCUGUUAUUGCACACUGUAUGUCUUCCAAACAUAUUCAUUAAUGAGGCUAUCUAACUCUCUUUCUUGACCAAUACCUUUGACUGCACCCAGAAUACUACUACAUUCACAAUCAACAUCUUAAAAUCUCCAACCACCUUCACCUUGCCAAUUAAAACAAUGAAGCCAACAUAUCAAAAAGAUCGUGCCCAGCAUUCAACUAAAACGUUCAAGGAAUCAGGCCCGAUCGAUCGAUGUUCGGACAAAUGUCGUGGAGAUUUCUCAUGUUAUGCUGGAAGACUGGUCGUUUUACAGAGUCUACAUCCUUGUACCGCGUGAGAUGGCCCAGAAGAAGCAGUUGACAUUGACUUGUCUUAGCACAGUUUUUGGAAACUUGAAGCUCAUCAAGAUGUGUCAAUAACACCAUGGAAUGAUAAGUGAAGGUCCUUCCAAAGAAUUUUCUGGCCUCUAGUGACAAUGCCGUCCACUACAAUCCCUUCCCUCGCACUUUUCUUUUUGUUGCUUUCCGUUCUUUGCAUCUGCAAGAUAAUAAAAGGAAUUUCAAAACUACCAAAGUUAUUUAUCUCUUCAAGAAGCACCACAACCAUUUCAUUUCUCAGUAAGGACGAGACUUGGCUUUCAAAGUCAAAAAGGUGCUACAAAAUAAUGCAUAAGAGUUAAGGCCAUGAGACUUGCUAAUCAUCGAGUCCAAAAGCAAACAAUUGUAGGACAAAAGCAAUAGAAUUUGAUGUGUUAUUUUUUUUGUUAGUACAGAACAAGUAACAAGAAAAUCAGCUUUGACAACGGGUAGCUGGCUGAGAUGGUGAAUUUAACCACGAUAAUUUCUAGUGCAAGUGGGAGGUCAUGGGUUUAAGUUUCAUUGGUGUUUCCAUUAUCUCAAGUUACAAGAUGAGCCUUGCUCAUGUUAAAAAAAAAUAACCAGCUUUGUAAUUUUGAACUCUUGAAAGAAAGGGUCAACCAAGUAUAAUGAACUUUCAUGGGAGGCCCGAGUGUCCAAUUGUCACAAGCAAUCAAGUAUGACUUUUGACAUUUAUGUAUGAACUUAAAAUGUCCAACAAAGAUGCAAUAAGAGAUAUAGAGACAUAUGAGGGUGAGGGAGAAAAGGAGAGGGAAUGCAUUCAGUUUUUGCAAGAGAGGCUUCACAAGCCAGCUCCUUUCUUGGUUGUUGUACAUCUACUAAUCUUCUAGACUUCAAUUCCCUAAAGUCUGCAGGUGCUAUGACUUCUCAAUAUGAGUUUGUUGUUGCUUCAGCUUCUUCUCUCUAUCCGCACACCAGAUUCACCAACCAUGAGUCCCUCCCUUCACUACAAGAAUCAUUUUCUAAUUUCAGAACAGCCUUCCCGCAGUAUUCCCAGACCGAUGAGGCCGAUAGAAUUCGAGCGCAAGAGUAUUACCAUCUCUCCUUCUCCAAACAUGUCUGUCUAGACUAUAUUGGCCAUGGUUUGUUCUCCUACUCCCAAUUACAAAUUCAUAAUAAUUCAGCUCCUAUUGCCUCCUCUUCAACUUCUCCUCCAUCAUUGCAUUCUACUACGUUAGGAUCUCCUUUCUUUGAUAUAUCCUACAAGUCUGUGAACUUGAAUGCUCAGUUAAAGAAUGGUGGUCAAGAAACAGAGCUAGAAUCCAAGAUCCACAGAAGAAUUAUGGCUUUUAUGAAUAUCUCUAAAGAUGAUUACACCAUGGUUUUCACGGCCAACCAUUCAUCUGCUUUUAAACUCUUGGCUGAUUUUUAUCCUUUUGAAUCAAAUAGAAAUCUUCUGACUGUCUAUGACUAUGAGAAUGACGCAGUGGAAACGAUGAUCAAAAGCUCUAAGAAGAGAGGAGCUCGAGUUAUGUCAGCUGAGUUCUCGUGGCCUAAUCUGGGAAUCCAAUCAGAAAAGCUAAGAAGGAAACUAGAGAGUAAGACGAAGAGAUGGAAGAAAGGGCUCUUUGUUUUUCCACUUCAGUCGAGGAUGACCGGAGCCCGGUACUCGUAUCAGUGGCUGAGCAUGGCUCAAGAGAAUGGAUGGCACGUCUUGCUUGAUGCAAGUGCAUUGGGACCUAAGGACAUGGACACUUUGGGGCUCUCUCUUUUUCAGCCUGACUUUCUCAUUUGCUCAUUUUACAAGGUUUUUGGUGAUAAUCCAUCUGGGCUUGGGUGUCUGUUUGUCAAGAAAUCAAGUGCUUCAGUUUUAAUGGAUUCAACUGUUGCUACAAGUGUAGGACUUGUGACUCUUCUUCCAGUCUCAAAGCCAUCUCAAUACCCAGAAGAAUCGGUCAGUUCUGAUAUUAAGACUACAGAAAAAUCAGAACUGGAUAAGGACACCAUGUUUCAACCUGAAGUGCCUGAAAAUGAAGAGAGAAAUGCAAAAAAGACGGGACUUGCUUCAUCAGAAAUUGAGGAAUUAGAAGACACACCCUUGGAAUCAGUCUGCUCCAAAACCAUUGAAACCACCAUUGGUGAUACAGAAAUAGAAUGCAGGGGCAUGGAUCAUGCAGAUUCACUGGGGCUGAUACUUAUCAGUAGCAGAACAAGGUGCCUGAUAAACUGGUUGAUAAACGCAUUGAUGAAUCUCCAGCACCCAAAUUCAGAGAAUGGACCCACUCCAGUCAGGAUAUAUGGACCAAAGGUGAAGUUUGACAGAGGACCAUCCCUAGCAUUCAACAUAUAUGAUUGGAAAGGAGAAAAAAUUGAUCCUGCACUUUUGCAGAAACUUGCCGAUCGAAACAACAUUUCUUUAAGCUGUGGGUUUCUAUGCCACAUCUGGUUCUCAGACAAAUAUCUAGAAGAGAAAGAGCAGAUUCUUGAGACAAAAACAGCUGAAAGUGCCGUAGCAGUUCUAAACAAGAAAAGAAACAAAUCCUACUCUGGGAUAUCCGUAGUCACAGCUGCAGUGGGGUUGUUAACAAAUUUUGAAGACACUUAUAGGCUUUGGCAAUUUGUUUCCAGAUUUUUGGAUGCAGACUUUGUAGAAAAAGAGAGAUGGAGAUACAUGGCUCUUAAUCAGAAGACAAUUGAAGUUUAAACUAAACCUAUUCCUUCAUUCAUUCACAUUUUGAGAAUUGAGUACCCAUAUAUAUUUUAUUUUAGCAUCAUUAUAUCCUGCUAGUUUAUUAACACAUAACCAAGUGUCGCUAGAAGUCAAAAUACAGCACAGAUUCUU